AUGUCUCUGGAAAGAUUGAAACAAUCUCGAGAUAGUACUAAAAAAAAUAUAACACGUAUUAAGAAUAUUGUCAACGAUAGUUUGAAACCAGGGGGACAGGCGCUGUCGCCAGCGGAGUACAAGUGUCGACUUGGGAUUCUCGAAUCCUACUUUAAGCAAAUACUGUCGAUACAAUCAGAAAUUGAAGAAUUAGAUCCAGAAGACAACGCCCGCGGGGAUUUAGAAGAUCUCUAUGUAACGACGAAAUUGAGUAUUCAGACGCAAUUGGGGGAGGACCAUAACGCAACACUUUUAGAUUCCACUUGCAUAGUGCAAGCGAGCUCAAAAUUGCCGCAGUUGAAAUUACCCUCUUUUUCUGGAAAGUAUUCCGAAUACAGGAAUUUCAUCACGUCGUUCAAGCAAAUUAUUGAUCGCGAACUAAGUCUUUCCAACAUUGAGAAAUUCAACCACUUGCGCAAUUGCUUACAUGGCCAAGCUUUGGAAGCAGUUAAUGCGUUUCAAGUCACGAAUGAAAAUUAUUCUAAAGCGUUGGAAAGACUUAGAGCUCGUUUCGACAAUCCAACACUUAUUUUUUUGGAAAACAUCUCGUCGUUGUUCGAGCUUCCUUCGGUUUCAAAAUCCAAUUGUGUUGAAUUACGAAGUCUCAUUGACAACGCCUCUGCAAUUUUCGGUUCUUUACGUUCCUUGGGUACCGAAGGUGAAAUUGCCCAAGCCAUGCUAAUAUAUUUGGUUAUACAUAAGGCUGACGAUGACACAAAAAAGAAAUGGAAACAAUCAUUGGACUUUAAAAGGUUACCUUCUCGGGAAAACUGCACCGAUGUUCUGGAAAGACAUUGCCAAUACCUCGAGUCACUUACUGGCAAUAGCGCUUCCGCUCCGCUAACUCCGACAAAUAGUAAGGGCUCGAGAGGACACAAACAACAGAAGAGUCAUACAUUUGCGCUUUCUAAUUCGCCAUGCGCGGUCUGUUCAAGCGGGAGCCAUAAGAUUUUUAAUUGUGAUCGCUUCAAAUCUUUGACCGUCAUACAGCACUUUGAGCAAGUAAAACGAAUAGGGCUCUGUAUUAAUUGUCUCACUAGAGGCCAUCAGUUGUCAAGUUGUCCAUCAUUGCAAAGGUGCAAAAUUUGUUCGCGACAACAUCACAGCCUACUUCACCGUGCUACAUCGAGUUCGCCAGAAUCUUCCAACUCUUUGAAUCAGUCACCUCAACCGCUAUCAACACCAGGUUUGUCUGCGACCUCAAGUCGUGCUACCACUCACACUCACUUAAAACACUCUUCGUUCGAUCAAGUAAUUCUGGCUACUGCCAUUGUCCUAGUUCGUGACGCUUCAGGCACCUAUAGACAGGGCAGAGCAUUGCUGGACUCUUGUUCACAAGCUAAUUUCAUUACCGACGAAUUUUCCCAAAGGCUUUUGCUACCCAGAAGCAAACACAAUAUUGAAAUCUGCAGUAUUGGGCAGACAUCAACCAACAUCAAGUACAAAACUACUACAUGUAUCAAAUCCCGAACAACCGGUGUCGAAUUGCCUCUAGCAUUUUGCGUGACAUCAAACAUUGCUUACGAAUCGGGAUUGGAGAUCGAUAUUUCAGCUUGGAAUAUACCAUCAAAUAUAGAACUUGCUGAUGAACAGUUUUAUAAGUCCACACGAAUUGAUCUUCUUCUAGGCACCGAAACCUUUUUCAGUUUAUUAUCGGUCGGCCAGAUUAAGCUUGGCGAUAAUUUACCAGUUUUGCAAAAGGCGUUGUUGGGAUGGGUUGUCUCAGGUCGCUACCAGUCAAAUAGCAACAACAUUAGAUCAUUAUGUAUGGUAGCUUGUAAUGAUGAACUAGAUAAAAAACUGGAACAACUCUGGAGGCUCGAGGAAGUCACGUCCGUUGGAGACAUGUGGACUCGUGAGGAACACAGUUGUGAACGCCUGUACACGAACACGGUUUCACGAAGCCAGACCGGAAGAAUAAUUGUCAAACUUCCAUUUAAAGAUGACCCCUGUUGCUUGGGUGCUUCGUAUACGACUGCUCUGCGUCGUUUUAUGUCACAAGAGCGCCGCUUGUGGCAGUCUCCAGAACUCGGAAAACAGUACGCUGCCUUUAUGGAGGAAUACGAAAACUUGGGACAUAUGAGUAUUGUUGAGGAGCCAAAUCUUAAUGAACCUCACUACUUUAUACCACAUCACUGCGUCUUAAAGCCAUCAAGCACUUCGACGAAAUUGAGGGUUGUCUUUGACGCGUCCUGCCGCACCACUUCGCAAAGAUCACUCAACGAUAUACAAAUGAUCGGGCCAACACUACAAAGAGA